ACAACCAUUGUUUCUUGAUUGAGAAUUAAAUUCAAAAAAUAUAAAAAAAAAAGUUAGGAAAAUAAAUAAAGAUGAAGCUCUUAGCUUUGCAUUCAUCUCCAAUUCCAAUCCAUGGGAUUUCAGGAAGGAAUUCAAUUGAGAAAUCAAUCUUCUUUUCUGGCUGUUCUCUUGGAAUUCCAGCAAACAAGAGAUGCACAGAUGCCAGGAAAUCAUCAGCUUCACUUGAUUUUAGGGUUCGAGCUGUUGGAUCAGUUGGGUCGAGUCAAAAGACGGCAAAUGUGAAUGAACCAGAUAAAAUUAAAACUGAUAAAGACGUUGUAUUUGUUGCAGGUGCUACUGGUAGAGUAGGUUCAAGGACUGUGAGAGAGCUCUUGAAGCUUGGUUUCCAAGUACGUGCAGGCGUGCGGAGUGCUCAGAGAGCACAAACACUCGUUGAAAGUGUUCGACAAAUGAAACUUGAUGAUAGUUCUGGAAGUAAACCUGUAGAAAAGCUUGAAAUCAUUGAAUGUGAUUUGGAGAAUCAAGGUGGAAUAGGCGCAGCGAUUGGGAAUGCCUCCAUAGUCAUCUGCUGCAUAGGAGCCAGUGAAAAGGAGGUUUUCGAUAUAACAGGACCAUAUCGUAUUGACUAUAAAGCUACUGAAAAUCUUAUUAAUGCAGCAACUGUUGCAAAAGUUGAUCACUUCAUUUUGGUCUCUUCUCUGGGAACGAAUAAGAUUGGUUUUCCUGCAGCAAUUUUGAACUUAUUUUGGGGGGUUCUCAUCUGGAAAAGAAAAGCCGAAGAAGCAUUAAUGGCCAGCGGCCUGCCUUACACGAUUGUUAGGCCAGGAGGGAUGGAGCGGCCUACAGAUGCUUUCAAGGAAACACAUAAUCUCACUCUCUCACCUGACGACACAUUGUUUGGUGGCCUAGUCUCAAAUCUUCAGGUUGCCGAACUCAUGGCAUGCAUGGCAAAAAAUACAAGGCUAUCUUACUGCAAAGUUGUGGAAGCAAUCGCUGAAACAACUGCACCUUUAACUCCCAUGGAAGAGCUUCUUGCCAAGAUACCUUCAAAAAGGGAGCUACCUCCUGAACCUCCCAUUCCUGCUCCUAAACCUGAGGAUGUUGUUGUUCAAUCAGAAGCUUCAAAGCCAAGACCACUUUCCCCUUACUCUAUGUAUGAUGAUUUGAAGCCACCAACAUCCCCCACUCCAACACCAAGCAGUUCUCUUGAUCUUCAAGAGAAGGAACAAGCAAAAUUCACACCUCAAAAACACCAACCUCUUUCUCCUUACACUGUAUACGAAGAUUUGAAACCGCCGACAUCUCCUACACCAACUCCUAGCAUUGCUUCAAGUCUGAAGGACAUUAACGUAGAUGGUGUCGUGUCAUUAGGAUCGAACUCGGGCAAAGGUAUGCAGAUAUGAAGCCUCCCACAUCUCCAAUGCCAUCUCUUCCAAAGUACUAGCUUUACUCAAAGAUGUUUCAGGAGGGAUUACUGCAGCAAUCAAAUAAAAAAAUUUGCUUAAUUUCUGAUCAUAUAUUGAUUAUUGAAUGCCAAAUCAUGGCUGUUCCUUAAUCCUUGUAAUCUUUUCUUACUAUUUUGAUGUGCACUGUAUCAAUGGUUUUUUAUAUGUGUUGUAUAAUAUUCAACGCAAAGACGCUUCACCAA